AUGGAGGUGAGCUUCAGUGAGUACAAGGCCGAGAGGGCUGUAGACUCAGAGCUGAAGGCCUUCGGCCUGCCAAGUUUUGCUCGUGUGCCGGAGGAUACGCAGCAGUUCGACCUGCAGGAGUCUCCUGAGGCGGCUCCCCCGGGGCUGAUCCCAAGGUCAAUCCAGGUCCUCUGCGACGGAGAUCUUUGCGACAAGGCCAAGCCGGGAGACCGAGUGCAGGUCAUUGGAGUCUUGAAGGGCUUUCCACCGCCUAUGCAGGAUUUCACGGACGGCGUGUUUCCAAUCAAGCUGGUUGCAACCAGUAUCACCUCCGUCAAAGAAAUCGUCGAGGGCCAGUUUGUUGCUGACGAUGCCAGGGGCUUGGCUAUGUGCCAACCAUGA